AUGUUUAAGCAACCAAGAGCUGAAAACUAUGGUAUUGAAGCAUUCACGAGAAAUGGAUUCAAAUCUUGGAAGGAUGGACCUAAAGUUUUUAAUCAACAUGUUGGCAAGCAUGAUAGUGCUCAUAAUAAAUCUAGGCAACAUUAUGAGGAUUUCAAAAAUCAAAGACAAAAUCUGUCACAUGUCUUUGAUAGGGGUUCUCAGAAGCAAGAAGAAGAAUACAAAGCCCGUCUCUUGAUUAUAUUGGGUAUUGUCAAUUUUUUGAUACUACAAGCUCUUGCUUUUCGUGGUCAUGAUGAGUCUACUAGCUCAAUGAAUAAGGGUAACUUUAAAGAGUUGUUGGACUUGUUCAUAAAGAAAGACCCAAAGGUUAUCACACACAUAAAGGUGUUUUGCCUCAUCCUACACGUAAGUUUUCACAUUUUGCAUCUAUCGUUAAUUAGUUUUGCCUGCUAUAUUAUGCACUGA